AUGACGCAUCUGCAGCCGUCUCGGCCGAGAUCCACAUCCUCGACUUUUCUCGGCAAUCCUGCCUGCAGUUUUGGAAUGGCGAGAGGCGGCAGAGGUUUGUGGAGGUUGGCGCUUGUUAGCCAGUGCACCCUCGUUGCAGUCUGGCAGCUCUCAGCGAGCUUUGUGCAACCAAUCGCAAGCAACAGAAGGUCAGACAGCGCAGCCAUGAUGACCAUAGCCAGACGUGCAGAGACAGGAGAGAGUGCGCUGGAGAGCAGCGCUGAUGCACCAGCGGAUCUGGUAGCAGUCUGGCGCUACAUUGGUGGUUACUAUGAAGUCAAAGAGUCUGACGGCAAGCUCUACUUUCAUGAAAACAACCUUCAGGGUGAGCUAGUAGAGCAGGAUGGCUGGUUAGUUGCGGAGCUCCCUCCUGCAGGCACGAUCCGCCUCAAGCUCGGUGACUCUGGGAGGGAGGUUUUGUCGAACUUCAAACCAGCGGAUUCGGACAAAUGGGGUGAUACAAUCACCGCUUUGAGAGAGUGGGAAUCUUUGACCAGCAGGGUGGAGACCCUGUACAGUGACCUGGACAGCUCAGAGUUCGAAGGCAACGCCAUGGACGGCGAGGUGGUGGUGAAGGUGAAUGGUCGGCAGAGGCCGACAGGCUUGGCUUUGUCACCCAAGGCGGCCUCAGCCCCGAACUUGAGUGCCUCGAUCAAGGAGGCGCAUUCCAGCGCAGUUGGCAAGUCGAUGGAAGCCAUGACUGCGCGCCUUCAAGAACUCUAUGCGUCACAUUUCUCUGCGACCAGAGCCUGA